AUGGCGGAUGCACUCCCUUCACCUCUUCCGGAGCCAUCGGCAACCCACGCCGCCUCCGUCUUCACCCCGAUAAACCUCAUCCUCCUCUCCCUCUUCGCCCUUGUUGUCUAUCUCCGGCUCAAACCAGCCGCCCCGCAAACCCUCCCACGCGCCCCGCCGCCAACCGUCUUCCGCACCUUCACCCCGCCCUCGCUCUUCCCCUACAAUGGCUUGAACAACAUGCCUGUCUAUCUCGCGGUUCGUGGUCGCGUCUUUGACGUCACAUCCGGCCGCAACUUCUAUGGCCCGGGUGGCCCCUAUGCAAACUUCGCUGGCCGCGAUGCCUCGAGAGGCCUGGCCUGCGGUAGUUUUGAUGAGGACAUGCUGACCAAGGAUCUGGACGGACCACUCGACACUCUGGAGAAUCUGGAUGCUGAGCAGCUGGAUGCCUUGAGAGGUUGGGAAGAGAGAUUCGAGGAAAAGUACCUUGUUGUGGGCAAACCGCUGGCAUGGACGCUCCUGUUACUAGGAGCAAUCGCCUAUGCCUACUCCAAAAGAGCUCACCUGCAGAAUAACAUCUGUCGAUUACGACUUCCAUUGUUGUCAACACCGGUCAAGCAGAAAGCCGAACACGUAUACUCAGAAUUCGCAUACGAUGAUAUCACCUCCCUUUCAAACUUCAACCUGGAUACGGCACAGCCUCUCAAGCUCCGCCCUUUCAAACCAAAAUACCACAUGACAAUGGCACUCGAAAAUGCUACGCUGAAUGAUCUAAUUGCAAUGGAUAACACUUAUCGCGAACGGUUACAAAUCCGUUCGCGACUCAUCGAAAAGGAACGUUACGAAGUCCUUGCAUGUAACUCAGAAGCCGUCCCCGCCGUCCUAGAACUGUACGAAUGGCUCACAAGAACAUACCUGCCUCUUCGCUUUCCAAGUCUAUACGCCAUCACGGAGUCGGGAAAGCAUCUGCGCAACCAUGUCACAGAUAGCCUGAUCCCACUACACAUGACUCACGGGGAAGAAGCUCUGGAAAUCCUAGGCUCCAAUAUCGACACGGAGUUCUUACUACUCACCCCUUCCCCUUUCGCCUCCGAACCACUCGAUGGUUCGUCGUUCGGUACCACUACGCAGACUAAAUACUUGCUAACGGCCUUUAUAAACUGCUUUCCGAGCGGAUUCAACACACGUUCCAAGCUCAAUCAACUUCUCGCUGCCAUACAUGCUCCUGUCCCCGGCUAUGCCGCUAAGCUAGAAAAGAGCAUGGAUCGCUUCUUUGCCAACCUACCCGUGGGCAAGAUCGUCAAGCGGAGUAAUUGGAGUAUAAGUACAAAUGGAGAGUUGUUCUGCUUGGAAGGGAACCACAUGAGUGAGGAGGAUUUGGCUCAGAAGCAAAAGAUCGAAGCGGAAGAGGAAAUUGAUUUGGACAAGACGGUGACGUAUCAGUAUCCGUUGCGCGAAUUGAGAGAUGAGGGGAGCGGAGAGGUGCUUGCGGAGGCUAUUGAUGGUUUGGGCCUUGGCAGUGCACCCGGCAUGACAAUUUACAAGCGUCAAGUCAUCUGGGGUGACAAAGUAAAGGCUUUCUUAAAGGGAGAGAUUGACGCCUGA